AUGGCGUAUAGCUGUGAAACUCUCGACCACGUUACUCCAGACUUCAAGACCGAAGACCUCGACGAUAUGAGACCCCAGGGACAACAGAUUUCUGAUCGCCUCACCGUCGAAGUUGAUUGUCACUCUUUGGGCCCCAACGAUUGCCCCUCCAUGACCUCCAGCUUUUCUCCUUUGGAAUCUCCUACUCCCACCCCGACGAGCAUUUAUAGCCAGGGCUCGUUGGCAUCUCCUAGCUGGCACGAAGCCGGUCAAUAUCACAGCCUCCCCAUGGAACGCCGUACCUCCGCCACUCCUUUGCGCAGCGCAUUCAAGAUGGCCGAUCUCACAUCGAGUGAUGGGAUGAAUAUGCCAUAUGGCAAUAUGGAGCGACAGGACCAGAUGUCCAUGCCGCAGUACCUGCCGGGCUAUGAUGAGAACGUCGAACAAUUCUGGAUCCCCCAGGAUGUACCCAAGACAUUCGACGAGACCAACUUUCCUUACCAGGCACCAAUGCCUCAGUACCACACAAUGGGCCGCAACUACCACUACCGGCCUCAGCAGCCCGCCUACCUUCCGGAAUCAGCCUCCAAUCCGUGUCUGUCUCGUCCCAUGUUCACCCAAUCCGAUCGCAUUCCCAACUCCAUGUCCAUGUCCAACAUGCUUCCUUGGAUGCCGGCCCAGGAGUCCAUGACAACUCAAACUAUUAGUCCUCAGCAGGUCCUCCCUGCGGGUCCCGUCACCCCACCUUCUUCCUCUUACUCCGAGUUUCCUACCCAGCUUCAAACAUUCAAAGCCCACACUCCUUCUACUCCCGUCCGUUCAGGAUCCUUCUCUGGUACCGAUACACCCAUGAGCCGAGUUUCCAGCGGCCAUGGUCAUGAGCACUACGAGGAGCACCCUGUUUCUCCGGUCUAUAUGACUGGCUCCAUGCGCCACCGUCAGCCUUCCCGAAAGCCGUCCAAGAAGCAACUCAUCCGCUCCAGUUUGAGCCUGGAAAACCUGCCUCCCAUCAUCAAGCAGGUUCAGUUCAAGUGCAAGGAGCCUGGUUGCAAGGGUCGCUUUAAGCGUCAAGAGCAUCUCAAGCGUCACAUGAAGAGUCACUCUAAGGAGAAGCCUCACGUUUGCUGGGUUCCUGGCUGCCACCGCGCGUUCUCUCGAAGUGACAAUUUGAACGCUCACUACACCAAGACCCACAGCAAGCGGGGCGGUCGCAACCGCUAUGUCGCUACCCUAGACGAGACCAGUCCGGAUUACAAUCCUGACUUCCGUGGCCAGCUGACUCCCGACGGUCGUCCUCUCUAUGGUACCAAGUUGGAGGAUGCCAUCCCCGACUGUGGUGACCUUAGUGAUCACUGGGAUGACUAA